GCGCGCUGGGGUUCCGGAGUUCUGCCGGCCUCGGCGAGCGGGGCGUCGUCGCCCCUGAGCGGCCGGGAUGAUGAACGGGACGACCGCCGACCCGGAACGGGCGCCGUCGUCCGAGCCCGUGUGGGAGCGGCCCUGGUCGGUGGAGGAGAUCCGCAGGAGCAGCCAGAGCUGGUCGCUGGCGGCCGACGCGGGCCUGCUACAGUUUCUACAGGAAUUCUCACAGCAGACUAUCUCUAGGACCCAUGAAAUCAAGAAACAAGUGGACGGAUUAAUUCGGGAAACUAAAGCCACAGAUUGUCGCCUGCAUAAUGUCUUCAAUGACUUUCUUAUGCUGUCUAAUACCCAGUUCAUCGAGAAUCGGGUAUAUGAUGAAGAAGUGGAGGAGCCAGUACUCAAGACUGAGCCAGAAAAGACAGAACAGGAGAAAACCCGGGAACAGAAAGAAGUAGACCUGAUCCCUAAAGUCCAGGAGGCAGUGAACUAUGGUUUACAGGUAUUGGACAGUGCAUUUGAGCAGCUUGAUAUCAAAGCGGGAAACUCGGACUCUGAAGAAGAAGAUGCUAAUGAGCGGGUAGAACUGAUCCUUGAACCAAAGGACCUCUACAUUGAUCGCCCCUUACCUUAUUUAAUUGGAUCCAAGCUGUUCAUGGAGCAGGAAGACGUAGGUCUGGGAGAGCUGUCUAGUGAAGAAGGUUCUGUCUGCAGUGAUCGUGGUAGUUUUGUGGACAGUGAAGAAGAGAAAGAAGAGGAGCAGUCAGAUGAAGACUUUGCCAACCAUAGUGACAAUGAUCAAAACCGGCACCCAGCACACAUGAGUGAGGAAGAAGAGGAGGAUGAUGGCUGUGACCUUUUUGCUGACUCCGAGAAGGAGGAGGAGGAUAUCGAGGACAUUGAACAAAACGCUAGACCUAAAAGAAGCAGACCUACGUCGUUUGCUGAUGAGCUGGCAGCUCGGAUCAAAGGGGAUACCACCGGUCCAGUAGAUGGGGGCCAAACAACAACUUUAUCCUCAGGGGACGUAAAACCUCGGAAGACACUGAAAGCGAACGAAAGGAGAGCGCCCUCAGACGAUGAAGAAGACACCUUAUUUGCACCACCCAAGCUGACCGAUGAAGACUUCUCGCCUUUUGGCUCCAGAGGUGGUCUGUUCAGUGGAGGGAAAGGACUUUUUGACGAUGAGGAGGAUGAAAGCGACCUCUUCAAGGAAGCCCCGAAGGACCGGGAAGCCCCAGCCUCUGUUCGGGAAGCGCCUUCAUCCUCCAAACCCAGGAAGAAAAUCCCAGCAGGAGCUGUCUCUGUAUUUUUAGGGGACACUGAUGUGUUUGGUGCCUCCUCUGCUCCAUCCCUGAAGGAGCCCCCUACAGGGAAAAGCCCACACAUCCCGGCUCCUGCUGGCCUCUUUGAUGACGACGAUGAAGAUGACGACUUUUUUGCAGUGUCCUGCAGUAAACCUUCUCGAACAGACAAGGUCAAAUCUACUGCUGCUAUCUUCGAUGAUGAAGAAGAUCUGUUUAAGGAAAAAGCAGCCUUACCGGAAACUGCUGCGAAUCACACAGGUGGAAAUAAAGCAAGAGCAGAAAAGAAGGUUACCCUGCCUUCCAGCAAACAUCUCAAGCUUGUGUCAGAAACAAAGACUCAGAAGAGCGUAUUUUCAGAUGAGGAGGAUACUGAGGACUUGUUUUCUUCUCAAAAUGCAAGUAAGUCAAAAGGUGCAUCUCUCCUGCCCAGCAAACUCCCCACCUCAGUCUCACUUUUCGAUGAUGAAGAUGAAGAGGAUAAUCUUUUUGGGGCUAAAGCUGCUAAAAAGCAGACAUCAUCUCUGUUAACUCCAAGUCAAGAGAAAACAAAACUCCCUGAGCCGUCUAAGAAGAAAGCACCUGCCUUACUGUUCAGCAGUGAUGAGGAGGACCAGUGGAGUAUUACUGAUUCACAGACCAACUCAGCAUCUGACAGCAGGCCUAAAGGAGAGCUAAGGGACUCGGGCACCAGCCAGGGCCAGGGAGCUAAGAAGGCUGUGAAAAAGACUGGUCUCUUUGAAGAGGAUGAUGAAGAUGACCUGUUUGCUAUUGCUAAAGACAGCCAAAAGAAGACCCAGAGAGUGUCGCUCCUCUUUGAAGACGAUGCUGAUAGUGGAGGCUCUCUGCUGACCUCUCCUCCCACAUCCGUCCCUCCUUCAGCAAAGAAAAAAGAGACAGUUGCUCAGGAACGACCUUUGCUGUUCAGCGAUGAAGAAGAGAGGGAGGCACCACUUGGAGUGAAGCCUAUGGAUGAGAAUGUUGGUGGUGCCAUGGGGUCGUCAGAUGUUGGGGUAGAUGAUGCCACUGCGGAGUCGGGAAAGGAAGGGCCUUUGCCCACGUCUGCUCAGGCAGCAGUCAAACAUUCUGAUUUAUUUUCUUCAUCACCCCCAUCGGAGAAAGGAGCCAAGGGUAGAACCAAAACCGUUCUUAGCUUGUUUGAUGAGGAGGGGGAUAAAGCCGGAGACCAAAGCAGCAUCCAAGCUCCACAGAAAGAAGUAGGAAAGAAUUCCGAUCCUGAGGCCCGCCCCAAGAGCACAGGUGUCUUUCAGGAUGAAGAACUCCUUUUUAGUCACAAACUGCAAAAGGACAAUGACCCAGAUGUUGACCUUUUCGCUGGCAGGAAAAAAACCGGGUUGUUGGAGCCUUGUGUUGGGAGCCUGUUCGAGGAUGAUGAAGAUGAUGAUCUCUUCAGCUCUGCCAAGUCCCAGCCUUUGAUACCAGAAAAGAAGAGGGUAGUGAAAAAAGACCACCCUGUCUCCUCUUCCAAGAGCCAGAAACAUCCUGAAUCCACCCAAGGUAUCAAAGAAAAAAACAUACGGAAACUGGAAACACCUCAGGACUCGUCAGGCCCCGUUCCGUUUAAAACCAAAGAGCCGUCCGCUCGGAUCGGGAAAAUACAAGCAAAUUUAGCGAUUAACCCAGCAGCCUUGCUGCCUGCAGCAGCUCCCCAGAUCUCUGCAGCAAAGCCUGUGUUGUCCAAAUUGUCUUUUCCUCCAUCGGAAUCCAGAAGUGCGGAGGCUGGUGUGAGUUUUGAUCUUCCAGCUCAGGCAGACACCUUACAUAGUGCAAACAAGAGCCGAGUCAAAAUGAGAGGGAAACGCAGACCCCAGACCCGUGCAGCUCGGCGGCUGGCUGCCCAAGAGUCCAGUGAGGCAGAGGACGUGAGUGUCCCCAGAGGACCAACUGCACAAUUAGGAGACGGCACCAUUUCACCAGCUCUCCACCAGCCACAGCCCAAGGCAGCGGGUGGGGAAGACAGCUCUGUGGCAGCUGCCACUCCUACUUGGGAAGGCAGUCCUGUGCUUGAAGUGGACAGAAGCCCCUUUGCAAAAUCUCUGGAUCAGCCUCUUGAGGAUGACCUUUUUGAUUCUGGGGAUAUCUUUUCCAAGAGCACUGGAUCUCAGUCCACGGGGAGAACAAAAGCCAAGGAGAAGGCAGCAGAGGCCCGGGCCAGCCAGCCGGGGGCGAGGAGAGAACAGAGUGGUCUUUUCUCUGCUCUCGAUGAGGCAGGCAGUGAUGAUGAUCUCUUCCAGUCUGUCAAAGCAAAACCAGCAAAGAAAGCCAGCCCCUUUCCUCUCCUGGAAGAUGAUGACGAUCUCUUUACGGAUGAGAAAGGCAAGAAGAAUGAGUUAAAAUCCAACAGUCAGCAAGAUGUUAUAUUCAAAACACAAGAUAUUUUUGAGGAUGAUAUAUUUGCCACAGAAGCAAUUAAACCCUCACAAAAAACAAAAGAGAAGGAAAGAACAUUGGAAUGCAACUUAUUUGAUGAUAACAUUGAUAUCUUUGCUGACUUAACUGUAAAACCAAAAGAAAAGUCCAAAAAGAAAGUGGAAGCUAAGUCUAUAUUUGAUGAUGAUAUGGAUGAUAUCUUCUCCUCCGGUACCCAGGCUAAGACAACCAAACCAAAAAGCCAGUCUGCACAGGCAGUGCCUGAACCAAGAUCUGAACACAAGGUAUCCAACAUAUUUGAUGACCCCCUGAACGCUUCUGGAGGCCAGUAGAAUGUACAGGGUAUCCAGAUCUCAUCCUUCAAGCUGCAGCCCUGAGUUAAUAAUGCUGUCUUGUAUGAUCAUUGUCUUCACUGAAUUACAAAAAGCAAAUGCUAAAAUAGCUAGCUCCUCUUACCCAAUGUACGUAGUAUUUUUCUGCACUUGUUUUAAUAAUCAUACUUAAUACUGCAAAACAAAAAUAAAUGUUUCACAGUGA